AUGCUUUCACCUACUCUUGUUGGGGUGUUAGGCCAAGGUAACUGGACGUUCACCAUAUACCUGCCAGUUCUAUCUUGUGCCAUUGCCCUUCUCGCUUUAUUGAAAAGACGUCUUUCAAGUGGGCCGGGAGAGAAGGAAAUUCUACAAAAUGGUUAUAAAAAGUUCAAAGAUACAUCGAUCUGGAAAAUGCAGACAUCCGACUAUCCUCUGUACAUCUUGCCAAAUAAAUUACUUCCGUUGCUUAGGCUGGAUAAGCGGGUUGAUCUUCCCAGUCAUGUGCAUGAUCAAUACCAGUCGAAGUAUACCAAUGCAAUGUGCUCUUCGUCGUUUAUGAAGUGUACCCAGGUGAAUCUGAAUAACAAUCUUGCUACCAUACUCCCUGACGUAAUCGAAGAGAUGCACCGCGCCAUGACCCGCGAACUCCCCCCUUCACCCAAAUGGCAAUCGAUCCUAGCAUUCGAAAAACUGCUUCGCAUCAUCGGCUCCGUUUCAGGGCGAGUAAAUGUUGGCCCCGAAAUCAGCCGGAACGCAGAAUGGCUCGAUCUAUACACACAGUAUCCGAUUAACUUUUUCGCAUCAAUUUCAGCAAUCACGCAAUGGCCCAGAUGUCUCCGUCCUCUGGUUCAAUAUACACUGCCACAACUGCGACGUGUAAAUACAAUGAAAGCGAGAAUGAGCGAGAUUCUGGCGCCGGAGUUUGAGAAGAGACGGAAGGCGAAGAUUAGUGAAUCCAAUAAACCGAACACGAUGUUACAGUGGGUUUGGGAUGAUUCUACUGAGAAUGAUAGGACGGAUGAACAUCAGAGUAUGAUUCAGAUUUUGGCGACGGUUCCUACUACGUACACGGUUGCUUUUGCAGCUACGCAGGCGUUGUUUGAUCUGGCGGCGAGACCAGAGUAUAUACCUAUCAUCAGAGAAGAGUUUGAGUCUGUUUGUGACAGUUGUGAAGAGAAGCGCCUGACAAAGGAAGCAUUUGGGAAGAUGUCCAAAUUGGAUAGUUUCUUGAAAGAGUCUCAACGCAUCACUCCCCUCGCUUUGGUAUCCUUCGAACGCAAAACCCUUGAAAACAUAGACCUCGCAGACGGUACGCACAUCCCCAAAGGGUCCCACAUUGCCGCCCCAUCCUACCAUAUCGGCCUCGACGAGUCGCACUUCUCCUCUCCCGAGACAUUCGACGGCCUACGCUUCCACAACCUCCAACAAGCCGAAUUUGAAAGAACAGGGAAGCCCAGCACAAACAAUCAAUACGUUACUGUGAAUGAGUCCUCGCUGCAUUUUGGUUACGGCCUGCAGGCUUGUCCGGGGCGGUGGUUUGCCGCCAUCGUGUUGAAGUUAUUGCUGGGCUUGAUGGUGACGGAGUUUGAUGUUAAGUUGAUGGAUAAGGGAGAGGGAAGACCAAAGAGUGAGAUUGAUCGGUUUUUCAUUUAUCCUGAUUCAACCAAAAUGGUUGUUUUGAGGAAAAGAGAGGAUGUUUGA